CCUGUAGGCGGUGACAGUGGUGGCGAGCGGCCGCGUCAGCGCUUGGAAGGAGGGGGAAGGUUGACUGCUUUUGUAGGGUGGCGGCAGCGGCGGUGGCGCCUUCCUGUUUGGCCUGUGCCCUUUCGGUUGCCGGAGCUGGACGGACUGUGACUGAACGAGAGUCGGGAACGGGGGUCGCUGCUUUCUCCCGUACAUCGAAGUAAGGACGAGCUGCCGCUCGGAUUCUUUUCCUUUACCCCCUAUCCCCCGCCCCCUCACUGCACACCCGGAGAACGCGGCGGCGGCGGCGGCGGCGGCUGCCGUGGUGGUGGUGGUGGCGGCAGCAGCAGAUAAUUCUUCAUCUCACCCCACCCUACCCUAUCCUCUCCACUGCCUCCUAUUCCUGAGAGGUCCAGCUUGCGACCCAAUUCUCUCCUCACCCCGCCCGAUCGCUUGCUUUCUACACCGCCGCUGCUGCAGCCAUGUCCGCGCACGCCCAGAUGCGUGCUAUGCUGGACCAGCUGAUGGGCACCUCCCGGGAUGGAGACACUACCCGCCAGCGAAUCAAAUUCAGCGAUGACAGAGUGUGCAAGAGUCACCUUCUCAACUGCUGCCCUCAUGACGUUCUCUCUGGAACUAGGAUGGAUCUUGGAGAAUGUCUGAAAGUCCAUGAUCUGGCUUUAAGAGCAGAUUAUGAAAUCGCAUCCAAAGAACAAGACUUUUUCUUUGAGCUUGAUGCAAUGGAUCAUCUGCAGUCAUUCAUUGCGGACUGUGACCGGAGAACCGAAGUGGCCAAGAAAAGAUUAGCAGAAACUCAGGAAGAGAUUAGUGCCGAGGUGGCAGCUAAAGCAGAACGUGUCCAUGAACUGAAUGAGGAAAUUGGUAAAUUACUAGCCAAAGUGGAACAACUGGGAGCUGAAGGUAAUGUGGAGGAAUCCCAGAAAGUAAUGGAUGAAGUGGAAAAGGCCCGAGCCAAGAAAAGAGAGGCAGAGGAAGUCUACCGGAAUUCCAUGCCAGCCUCCAGCUUCCAACAACAGAAACUUCGAGUCUGUGAAGUAUGCUCUGCUUAUUUGGGUCUUCAUGACAAUGACAGGCGACUAGCUGACCAUUUCGGGGGGAAACUACACCUGGGAUUUAUCGAAAUAAGAGAGAAACUUCAAGAGUUAAAGAGAGUUGUGGCCGAGAAGCAAGAGAAAAGAAACCAGGAACGCCUGAAGCGCCGAGAAGAAAGAGAGCGAGAAGAAAGGGAGAAACUGAGGAGGUCCCGGUCGCAUAGCAAGAAUCCUAAAAGAUCCAGGUCCCGAGAGCAUCGCAGACAUCGAUCCCGCUCUACUUCACAGGACCGAAAGAGAACUAGAUCCAAGUCUCAUGAGAAACGCCAUCGCCACAGGUCACGCUCCAGCAGCCACAGCCACCAGAGAAGUGGGCAUAGUUCCAGAGACCGGAGCAAAGAGAAAUCCAAAAGAAGAUCCUCAAAAGAAAGGUCUUCUGGUGAUAAAGAGCGAUUGCGAGAUCAAGACCUAGCAUCAUAUGACAAAAACAGGCGUUCAAGAGAUUGGUCACCUCGUGACAGAGAGAAAAGAGACAAGAAGCGUUCCUAUGAGAGUGCUAAUGGCUGUUCAGAAGACAGGAGGAGCUCUGAAGAGCCUGAAGCUGGGGAGAUUUAACCAGCUUUAUGUUUCCUCAAUCCUUACGCCUCCUAUAGAGUUACGUACUGUUGUUUAGUUUACGGCUAUUCAAGGUGACCCAGCCAUUCCAGACACCGAUCCAACUAGGCUAGAUGUAAAGUAUCUAAAGUUUGCCUGUAACUCAAUCUGAACUGAAUCUCUUUUCCUGGAUGAAGUCUAAAGGUACAUCCAUAAUUUCUGGUGAACCCUAAUACAAUUCUGAAAGGUUACUCUGUUCACAGGUGCAGUUUUAUGUAGUAUGAUGCAAAUCUGUGUUUAAUUUUUCAGUAGAAAUUAGAGUGAAAAAAAUUGUGUUACUUGUCUUGGGUUUUCUUGAACAUUUGUAAAAUUCUUUCCUAGUCCAAAUAGCAGGAACUUUGGGAGCCUUGUUUUACUUUCUUCCUUUGCCCUUCUGUCCUACCCUCCCUCAUAUGUUCCCAAAUUGCAAAAUGGGGAGGGAAGUAGAGGGGCCAUAAAACUUGGGUUAGAAACUUCUGUUCUCACUACUUGGUUACUACUUGGUUUUGAUUCAGAUUGUUUAUUGCAGAGGUGUGUAUUCUGGAGAAAAUGGAAAAGUUUGUUUCUUUUUCCCUUUAAAAAAACUAUUUAGAUUUGCAAGUUAUACCUGUUGCAUUUUUAUUGAAAUUUUGAAAUGUUUCAUUGAAUUACUAUGUCAGAUUAUUGUGGGGAGUCUUUCUUAAGCAACUCUUGCCUUUUUUUCUUGUGGAGUGUAAAGGCUAUACUUUUUAAUUGUAAAAAAAAAAAGGUAAUAAUAAUAAUAAAAUGAAAGCAGUAUUCAUCACCACUUCACCAUUAAACAACCUGCAUGGUUAAAAAAAAAAAAAAGAUGCUAGGUUGUUUCAUCUGAUAGGUUUUUUGAAGUGGUUACUCUAACCCCAGGACUGGCUAUUGUGCAAUAAAGAGUCCAUACUUGAGGAUGUGAGGGCUUCACCAUGGGAUGUCAGUUGUAUGAUCAACAGAGGGGAAUGCAGUGGAGAGGUACUGUGAAGCUAGGAAGGACAAAACUUGGUUACAUAUUGACUCUGGGAUGCAUCAAGGUGGGGAACCUGUGCAAUUAGUAGCAUGGGGAUGUCUUGAACAGUGAGAGGAUAUUGUCUAGAGGGGACAUUUUGUUUUCUUUUUUGAAGACGGGGAAAAGAGCCUGAAUUGCUCUUUUGGACACGGGAAUGGAGAAGCCCAGGGCAUCUCUGUUUGGAGAAGCCUAGGGCAUCUCCAUUUGGAGACGUCUAAUCUUUUGGGGAUGUGAGAAAAGAAGAUAGGGCUGGAAAAACAGGACUGAGAAUCAUCUUCAACGAGGUGGCAAUGGUAUGAGAUUUGACGUCUUUCCUAAGGGCAGCCUCUUGAAGACUACAACAAGAGGACUACAAGGACUUGUGAGUUUGCCUCAUAUGCUCUCCACACUUGAGCCCACUUUUCCUUGGAUUCUGGAUUACUGGAGAGACAGUGUGUUUGGGGGGAGGGAGUUGGGGAAGAUAUUUACAGUUGAUACUGUUCAAGUUUGUCACCAUCAUCAAUACAUCUUUCUAAAAGUGAAACAAUUGAAUCUAACUAAUAGAUAUCAAUUGAUAAUCAUGGUAGGAGGGAAGAAGCACACUGCUGGGGGCUUUUAAGCUCAGCAGCCUUAGGAUGAUAUCCCUCCAUCAGCUCAAGGCUAAUUUAAAGUCCUAAGGAAAAGCAGCAGCCAGGCCCUGGGGUCCCAGCUCCUCAGUCUGAGUGGGAGUUGGGAUUGUAACCCCAGGGUAUUGGCCACCUUUGACUCUCCAGACCUUAGCCCAGUGCCUGGUCAAAAGUGCUUCAUUCAUAUCUUGACUGGCAAUCUCACUGACAACUAACUGCAUGUGGGAAAGCCCAGAAAGCCAGGCACUGAAAGGGUCAUGACUGACUGGGAACCUGUUCACUGGACCUACAGCAAGCAUUCAAGCUUUCUAGGCAGGAGACGGGUUCAGGACAGUAAAAAGAGUUCUGUGUGGUAGUCCAGCCACACUCAAGCCUGGACAGAUGGGGAUUGCUUCACCAGCAGCAAGCAAGGCGAACCUCCUGCAGUGGCCAGGCAACUGAUGCAGAGAAGACCUAGGAUGACUCCAUGGUCAAGGCUGUGGCCUUCUCUUUGGAUUGAUUUGGUUGGGUUUGGUUUUGCUUUGCUUCAAUCUAGUUGUGAUAAAGCAGGGCCUCUUAAUUUUUUUAUUAUUAUUUUUUUUAAUGAUACCAUGAAUCCCUGGGGAGUUUUGCAGAAGCUUUGGCCCUUCUCAAAGUAAUAUUGUGAAAUGCAUCAGAUAAAAUGAAUGAGACUUAAAAAGGAAAAUAAUAAUAAUAAUGCAAGAAAUAUGUAAGUUAUUUUCUUUUUUUUCCUUUUGAAAUGAGUUUUUAUUGAUGUAUGUCUCAUCGUGUUUCCCCCAAAACUUCCCCUCUCCCUUCCAAAGAGCCAUGCCAUAUAACAAAUAGUAUUUUAAGGAGUAAAAAAAUAACAUAACUGAUGGAAACAUUGAAAAAGUCUCAAAACUUGUGCAAUGUAUUAACAUCUGUGGACCUACUACAAUGAGAUGGAAUGUGUUGCAGCUGUCUUCUUAUAUCUCUUCAGUCAAGUUAUGCUUGGUCUUUAUGAUGUUUUUACGUUAACUUUUGAUUUUUUUUGGAGUAUUGUUGUUUUCUAUUUACAUUGUUGUUACUGUGUAUAUUGUUUCCUUGGCUCUGUUUGCUUUACUCUGUUUCAAUUUAUUUUAACAAAAGGGUAAACUGAGGCAGAUCUCUGUGCAAGAUAACAUUUAUUAGUAGGGCAUACUAUCUGUUAAUAAAUGAGUCAAUGGCUUGCCCCUAUUUACGAAAAAGACCCUGAGCAAAAGAACAGUUCCCCUUUUAUAUAAGGUUUUUGGGGAGCACAAAAUAAAGAACAGAACAUGACAUCAUGGGAUUAAGUUCAAAAUAAUUGGUUACAGAGCUGAGGCAUAGGAAACAACAUCAUUGGUUGGAAGUUUGGUAAUGGGGGCUAGUAGUGACUGCCCUUCUUCUCUCAUGAGUCUUAAGAAGUGCUUGUUAUUGAGAGUCCAGGUGCAAGAUAAAGGCCCAGACUUGGAAAGCAAACCAGACAUCCUUGAAAACUAGCUUGGUUGCAUAAAGGCCCAGAUCCCUUUCUCACACAAUCCCCAAGGUUAGCAGAAUUUCUUGAAGCAAGAAUAGAUCAGUGAUUAGCAGGAGAGCUAGAUUUUUAAACAUAACCCAUUACAGGCUAGCUGGAUUCUGAACUUAGUUAAGAGACAACCAUGACUUAAGCAGUUACAGGAUAAAAUCAAUUAUUUGUAAAUAGUAUCAAUAAAUAAAUGAUAUAGGCUCAGUUUUAAUCUUCUCACCUGCUUCUCUGUAUGUAUCACAUCAUUUUUUACAGUGCAGUAAUUUUUCAUUAUAUUUGUAUAUUACAAUUUGUUAAGCCAUUUCUCAGUGAAUGGGCAUCUACUUUGUUUCCAAUUCUUUGCUAUCACAAAAACUGCUGCUAUAAAGAUUUUGGUGUAUAUGAAGACUUUCUUCUUAAUAUAGCUUCCCUGGGGUGAUGUUGUUGUUCAGUCGUUUCAGUGAUGUCUGACCCUUUGUGAACCCAUUUGGGGUUUUCUUGGAAAAGAUACUGGAGUGGUUUGUCAUUUCUUUCUCCAGCUCAUUUUACAGAUGAGGAACUGAAGCAAAUAAGGUUAGGUUCCAUGCCCAGGGUUACCAGCUAGUAAGUAUCUGAGGCCAGAUUUAACCUCAGGAAGAUGUCUUCCUGACAAGGCCCAGCACUCUAUCCACUGUGCCAACUAGCUGCCCUUUCCCUGAGGCAUAAGCCCAGUAAUGGAGUCUCUGGUUCAAAGGUUAUAAACCUUUCAGUCACUUUUUUUUUUGCAUAAUUCCAAAUUGCUUUCCAAAGAGGUGGUACCAUUUCACAUCUUGACCAACAAUGUAUUAGUGUGCCUAUCCUUCAACAACCCCUCCAACGUUGACUACUGCCAUUUUUGUCUUUUUUUUCCUUCAAUUUUCAGGAUGUGAGGUAAAAACUCAAUGUUGUUUUGAUUUGCAUUUCUCUUUUGAUUAGUGAUUUUCACCAUUUUUCCAUAUGGUUGUGAAUACUUUGUAAUUUUUUUCCCAAACUUCUUUGUUCAUAUCCUUUGACCACUUAUCUAUUGGAGAAUGACUUAUAUAUAUAUAUAUAUGUACAUAUAUAUAUAUAUAUAACAAACACAUGUGUUGUUAUAUAUAUAUAAAAUAUCCUGGAUACCAAACCCUUAUCAGAGAAAUUUGAUACCAAGAUUUCUUUCCCAUUCAACCACUUCUCUUGUUAUUCUAGGUGAAUUCGUUUUGUCUGUGUAGAAACUUUUCGGUUUCAUGUAAUCAAAGUUACCUGUUUUGAUUUUGUAAUUGCCUCUAUCUCUUCUUUGGUUAAAAAAAAAUAUCUCCUACCCAUAGCUGUGAGAUGUAUAUGAUCUAUUUGAUGUUAAUAUAUAAUGGGUUUAUCAUUGUCGUUUUACAAUAAAUCAAUAAAUGCAUAUCUUAAAAUUUUA